AUGCGCCAUAAUCUGAAUAUAUUCACAGGGUCACCGCGAAAAAAUAUAUAUCCUUCCACCCAAUUCCCAGUCACUCCGUUGGAUUUCAUGUUCUCGCGAAAAAGACACGAAAGUAUAAGUAUUAGUGGUCAGGAGUCACCUUCUCAUAUUGGCUCCAAAAGAUUGGCACAUGCUGUUAUUGUUGAGGGAUUGGAAACGAACGAAACGAUACAUGCAUUCUUGUUGGAGAUGUUAAUAAGAAAACAAGUAACUGAUCGAACAACGAGUUAUAAUUUACCACGACCGUUCAUUGUAGUAGCAUUGCUUCCUCUAUCUAAUACGCGAUACAAAUUGCCAAAUCAAUUGCUUGAUAGGUUCUUUAUUAGUUACACCUACGAAGGGAUAAUAGGAAAUAGUGGAACUGGAAAAGCGCCUUUAGUAUUGAAUCGUAAAAACAUGGUUCGAUAUGCAGAAAUUGAGGAUUUCUCCAGAAAGAUCGAGAAAGUAUUCAUUCAUAAUGACAUGCAGAGAUACAUCCGCGAUGUUGUUAUCGGGGUUCGGACACACCGUAUAGUGAAAGGUGGUAUAACCGCUCGCACAUCAUCCGAUCUUGUGACUCUAGUAAAGGCUUUGGCCGUAAUAUUUCAAAAGAAUUUUGUCACCCCGGAAUUGGUAUUGAUAGCCAGCGAAAAGGUGUUUUCGCAUCGAUUGAUAAGACGGGAGAUUGGCGACGAUAAAAGUACAAUGUAUGGAACUAGUUUACAUACUUUGUUGAAGUUACGAAAUUCUGUUUCUGUUGCUUCCGGUGGUGGUACUCAGACUCCAGGCGAUGUGGUAGCUGAUGUAUUACAAGCGGUUAGACCACCAGCUUAG